AUGAGAUGGGGACUCAUCAACAAUAUAAUAGGAAGCAAGCCUUACAGAGAUGAAUGUAUACCCAAGAAAUUGGAGUGCAUUGGUCAUGUCCAAAAACAAGUUGGCAGCAGGUUGUGCAAGUUAAAAAGUGCAAAUAAAGGUUUGAAAUUGGCUGAUGGGAAAGGACUAGGAGGCAAAGGAAGAUUGACUGAUGGAAAGAUUGAUGUUUUGCAAAACUAUUAUGGAGUUCCUGUGAGGGAGAAUUUGGAUGAUGUAGACCGAAUGGCCAAAGGAUUUAAGCAAGUUUAUUAUACCAUGUUGCUUCGACAGAUUUAA